CUUUGCAGCAUCAUGGCCAGUCCAAGGACGAGGAAAGUUCUUAAAGAAGUCAGGGUGCAGGAUGAAAACAACGUCUGCUUUGAGUGCGGUGCGUUCAACCCUCAGUGGGUGAGCGUGACCUACGGGAUCUGGAUCUGCCUGGAGUGUUCAGGGAAGCACCGAGGCCUGGGUGUGCACCUCAGCUUUGUGCGCUCGGUUACUAUGGACAAGUGGAAGGACAUUGAACUCGAGAAGAUGAGAGCUGGUGGAAAUGCUAAAUUCCGAGAAUUCCUGGAAUCCCAGGAGGAUUACAAUCCCUGUUGGUCGUUACAGGAGAAAUACAACAGCAAGGCCGCAGCACUCUUCAGGGACAAGGUGGCUACUCUGGCUGAAGGCAAAGAAUGGUCCUUGGAGUUGUCGCCUGCCCAGACCUGGAACCCGCCACAGCCGAAGACACCACUGCCCACCGCCCACCGAGCCGCUGGCCAGCCCCAGAGCGUGACCGCCUCCUCCGACAAGGCUUUCGAGGACUGGCUGAACGACGACCUCGGGUCCUACCAGGGGGCCCAGGAGAACCGCUACGUGGGGUUUGGCCACACGGUGCCACCGCCCAGGAGAGACGGCGACCUCCUCAACAGUGCCGUGUCCUCCCUGUACUCGGGCUGGAGCAGUUUUACAACUGGAGCGAGCAGGUUUGCCUCUGCAGCGAAGGAGGGCGCUACGAAGUUUGGGUCCCAGGCAAGUCAGAAGUUUUGGGGCUCCAAGCAGCAGCCAGAGCCGGCUUCCGAGUUGGGGCACAGUCUGAACGAAAACGUUCUCAAGCCUGCUCAGGAGAAGGUGAAGGAGGGAAGGAUUUUGGAUGACGUGUCCAGUGGGGUCUCUCAGCUGGCGUCCAAGGUCCAGGGGGUUAGCAGUAAAGGGUGGCGAGACAUGACAACCUUUUUUUCUGGUAAAACAGAGGAGUCCUCUGACAGGCCUCCAGAGGGCAGUGGCUACCAGAACAGCAGCAGGGACCAUGUCCAGGGCAGCACCAUCGACCAGAGCUUCUGGGAUACCUUCGGGAGCGCCGAGGCCCCCCGGGUCCGCCAGUCCCCAAGCAGCGGCAGUUGGACGUGUGUGGACAACUCGACGGAGCGCAAGAGCUCAGAUAGCUGGGAUGUCUGGGGCUCGGGCGCAGGCUCCAACCACAGGAACAGCAACAGCGACGGCUGGGAGAACUGGGAGGGUGGCUGGGAGGGUGCCGGUGGGGAGGGCCGGGCCAGGGCUGUGCAGAAGGCUGCGCCGCCCCCCGCGCCCGCCGAAGAGGGCUGGGACAACCAGAACUGGUAGGCCGUCCACCCGCUGUGACGCGACUGCCCUAUCACACUGUCCUCAUCGUCCUUCCACUCGGCCCCAGAGACCCCUCAGCGAGCAGACAGCUUUUCAGGAGAUGGAGCCUGACUCCACCCAGGCCACUCAGUGCCCGUGGUCCUGGCUGUGUCAGGCAGAGGCGUGUCCGCCCCCCGAGUUCUCUCGGCCUCACCGGCUCCCGUGGCGCCUCUGAGUGCAGACAGUCCCACCUCUGACCCACCCAUUAAUAAACACUCCUGGACAGCAGGGCUGGACGGCAAGUGGUGCUGUCGGCCUGCAGGACAGCGCGCUGUGACACGUCUCCCAAGUCCGCGUGUUCCUCUUUCCUUUUAAUGGAAAACCCGUGAGUUCAGAGGUGGGAGCCAUGGAGCCAGCACUGCUGUGGGCUGUCCUCUCGUGCCCACUGUGGCCAGA